AUGCCUGCAUCUGUCCAAGUUCCUCCAGUCAAACCAAUCUCUCCUCCUUUAAAAUCAACCGGUAACCGUUUGAUUUCACUAGAAUUAAAUGAUGGCCUAAUUUUACAAGGGUACUCUUUCGGUGCUGAAAAACCUGUUGCUGGUGAAUUAGUUUUCCAAACCGGUAUGGUUGGUUACCCAGAAGCCAUUACCGAUCCCUCCUAUGAAGGUCAAAUCUUAGUUAUCACUUAUCCAUUAGUCGGUAAUUAUGGUGUUCCAGAUUUUAAAUUGAUGGACGAAUUUGCUGAAGGCUUGCCAAAAUACUUCGAAAGUAAUAGAAUCCAUGUUGCUGGUUUAGUCGUUUCUCAUUAUACUGAAGAAUUUUCCCAUUGGUUGGCUAAUUCAUCUUUAUCAACUUGGUUGAAAAAAGAAGGUGUCCCGGCUAUUUAUGGUGUUGACACUAGAUCUUUGACAAAACAUUUGAGAGAUGCUGGUUCCAUGUUAGGUAGAAUGGCUUUACAAUUACCUUCUACUAAUUAUGAUGAUGCUACUUCAUUAAACUGGAAACAAUUCUUUGAAGUUCCAGAAUGGAAAGAUCCAAAUACCGAAAAUUUGGUCGAUAAAGUUUCAAUUAAAAAGCCAAAGUUAUACACUCCUCUAGAAAAUCAUAAGGAUGUUAAUGUAGUUAAAUCCAAAGAUGGUAAAGUUAUUAGAAUCUUAGCUGUUGAUGCUGGUAUGAAAUAUAAUCAAAUUCGUUGUUUCGUUAAACGUGGUGUUGAAUUAAUGGUGGUUCCAUGGGACUACGACUUCACAAAGGAAGAGUAUGAUGGUUUAUUUAUUUCUAAUGGUCCAGGUGAUCCCUCCUUAUUAUCUAGUUUAGUUGCUAGAAUCGCUGUUGCUGUAGAAUCUAAGAAAACUCCAAUUUUUGGUAUUUGUCUAGGUCAUCAAUUAUUAGCAAGAGCUACUGGUGCUUCAACUAUUAAAAUGAAAUUCGGUAACCGUGGUCAUAAUAUCCCAUGUACUUCCUCUAUCUCUGGUAGAUGUUAUAUCACAUCUCAAAACCAUGGGUUUGCAGUUGAUGAAACUACUUUGGCAAAUAAUUGGUCGACUUUAUUUACUAAUGCUAACGAUCAAUCUAACGAAGGUAUCUAUCAUACCUCGUUACCAUACUUCUCUGUUCAAUUCCAUCCUGAAUCUACCCCAGGCCCAAGAGAUACUGAAUUUUUAUUUGAUGUCUUUAUUAAAGCUGUCCAAGAGCAUAAAAACUCUGGUGUUUUAAAACAAGUUGAGUUCCCAGGCGGCACUUUAGUCGAAAAUAGAAAUGCUAAUCCAAAGAUUGAACCAAAGAAAGUUUUAAUUUUAGGUUCUGGUGGUCUUUCCAUUGGUCAAGCUGGUGAAUUUGAUUAUUCUGGUUCUCAAGCUAUUAAAGCUUUAAAAGAAGAAGGUAUUUACACUAUUCUGAUUAAUCCAAAUAUUGCUACUAUUCAAACCUCUAAGGGUUUAGCUGAUAAAGUUUAUUUCCUACCUGUUACUGCUGAAUUUGUUCGUAAAGUUAUUUUGCAUGAACGUCCAGAUGCUAUUUAUGUUACAUUUGGUGGUCAAACCGCAUUAUCUGUUGGUAUUGAGAUGAAAGAUGAAUUUGAAUCUCUCGGUGUCCAAGUUUUAGGUACUCCAAUCGAAACUAUCAUCACCACUGAAGAUAGAGAAUUAUUUGCUAACGCUAUGGAUGAAAUUAAUGAAAAAUGUGCUAAAUCACACGCUGCUAGUUCAGUAGAAGAAGCAUUGACUGCUGUUAAAGAUAUUGGUUUCCCAGUUAUUGUCCGUGCAGCUUAUGCCUUAGGUGGUCUAGGUUCGGGUUUUGCAAACAAUGAACAAGAAUUAAUUGAUUUAUGUAAGGUUGCUCUUGCUUCCUCUCCACAAGUUUUGGUUGAAAAAUCGAUGAAAGGCUGGAAAGAAGUUGAAUAUGAAGUUGUUCGUGAUGCUUUCGAUAAUUGUAUUACCGUAUGUAAUAUGGAAAAUUUUGAUCCAUUAGGUAUUCACACAGGUGACUCCAUCGUUGUUGCUCCAUCCCAAACACUAUCUGAUGAAGAUUAUAAUAUGUUGAGAACCACUGCUGUUAAUGUUAUUAGACAUCUAGGUGUUGUUGGUGAAUGUAAUAUUCAAUAUGCCUUAAAUCCAUUUAGUAAAGAAUAUUGUAUUAUCGAAGUUAACGCUCGUUUAUCUCGUUCUUCUGCUUUGGCAUCAAAAGCCACUGGUUAUCCAUUAGCUUACACAGCUGCCAAACUAGGUCUAAACAUUCCUUUAAAUGAAGUUAAAAAUUCUGUAACCCAAUCUACCUGCGCUUGCUUUGAACCAUCUUUAGAUUAUUGUGUCGUUAAAAUGCCAAGAUGGGAUUUGAAGAAGUUCAAUAGAGUUUCCACUGAAUUAUCAUCUUCUAUGAAAUCUGUUGGUGAAGUUAUGAGUAUUGGUAGAACCUUUGAAGAAGCUAUUCAAAAAGCAAUUAGAUCUACGGAAUACGCAAAUUUAGGUUUCAAUGAAACUGAUCUAGAUAUUGAUAUUGAUAAUGAAUUGAAUAAUCCAUCUGACUUACGUGUCUUCGCUAUUGCAAAUGCUUUCAGUAAAUUAAACUAUUCAAUUGAAAAGGUUUGGGAAAUGACUAAAAUUGACAAAUGGUUUUUAUCCAAAUUAUUCAAUCUGGUUCAAUUCAGUAAGGAGGUUGCCGCUUUAAACAGUAUUGAAAACUUACCUUAUGAAACAUUAAGACAAGCUAAACAAUUAGGUUUCUCUGAUAGACAAUUGGCUAAAUUUUUAAAUUCAAACGAAGUUGCCAUUCGUAGAUUAAGAAAAGAACUACAAAUUACACCUUUUGUCAAACAAAUUGAUACUGUUGCUGCAGAAUUCCCAGCUUUUACAAAUUAUCUAUAUGUAACUUAUAACGCUUCCCAAAAUGAUGUAGACUUCAAUGAUAAAGGUGUUAUGGUUUUGGGUUCAGGUGUCUAUCGUAUUGGUUCCUCUGUCGAAUUUGAUUGGUGUGCAGUUACUGCAGUUAGAACAUUACGUAAUAAUAAUAUUAAGACCAUUAUGGUCAACUAUAAUCCAGAAACCGUCUCCACUGAUUAUGAUGAAGCUGAUAGAUUGUAUUUUGAAACUAUUAAUUUGGAAACAGUUCUAGAUAUAUAUGAAAUUGAAAGUUCUUCUGGUGUUUUAGUUUCUAUGGGUGGUCAAACCUCUAAUAAUAUCGCAAUGAACUUACAUCGUGAAAACGUUAAAAUAUUGGGUACUUCUCCCGAAAUGAUUGACUCUGCUGAAAACCGUUAUAAAUUUUCUCGUAUGCUAGAUGAAAUCGAAGUUGAUCAACCUGCAUGGAAAGAGCUAACUUCUUUGAAAGAAGCUGAAGAAUUUGCUGAUAAGGUCGGAUAUCCAGUUUUAGUUCGUCCAUCAUAUGUUUUGUCUGGUGCUGCCAUGAAUACCGUUUAUUCUAAAGAUGAUUUAGGUUCCUACUUAAAUCAAGCUGUCGAAGUUUCCCGUGAUUAUCCGGUGGUUUUAACAAAAUAUAUUGAAAAUGCUAAGGAAAUUGAAAUGGAUGCAGUUGCCCAUAAUGGUGAAUUAAUCAUGCAUGUGGUAUCUGAACAUGUUGAAAAUGCGGGUGUUCAUUCAGGUGACGCUACUCUGGUCGUUCCUCCUCAAGAUUUAAGCCCAGAAACAGUUAAAAGAAUUGUAGUUGCUACUGCUAAGAUUGGUAAAGCAUUAAAGAUUACAGGUCCGUAUAAUAUUCAGUUCAUUGCGAAAAAUAAUGAUAUCAAAGUUAUCGAAUGUAACGUACGUGCUUCUCGUUCUUUCCCAUUCAUUUCCAAAACUGUUGAUGUCAACUUAAUAGAAUUGGCUACAACUGCUAUCAUGGGCUUGCCAUAUACUCCAUAUCCAAACAGACCUCUUCCAGAUGAUUACGUUGCUGUAAAGGUUCCCCAAUUUUCAUUCCCACGUUUGGCUGGUGCUGAUCCAGUUUUAGGUGUAGAAAUGGCUUCAACCGGUGAAGUUGCUGCAUUUGGCCAUUCUAAGUAUGAAGCCUACUUAAAAGCAUUAUUAGCUACAGGUUUUAAGUUACCAAAAAAGAAUAUUCUACUUUCUGUUGGUUCGUUCAAAGAGAAACAAGAAAUUUUACCUUCUGUCAAAAAGUUAUUUGACAUGAACUAUACUAUUUUUGCAACAGCAGGUACUGCCGACUUUUUUACUGAAAAUAAUAUCACUGUCAAAUAUCUGGAAAUAUUAAAUGAAGAUGACGAGAAAUCUGAAUAUUCAUUAACUCAUCAUUUGGCUCAAAACAAGAUUGAUUUAUAUAUCAACUUACCAUCCGCUAAUAGAUUCCGUCGUCCUGCUUCCUAUGUUUCUAAAGGUUAUAAAUCACGUCGUUUGGCUGUCGAUUAUUCUGUUCCAUUAGUUACAAACAUUAAAUGUGCUAAAUUAUUAGUUGAAGCUAUCUCUAGAAACUUUACUCUAGAUGUCACCGAACGUGACUGUCAAACUUCCCAUAGAAGUGUCACUCUUCCUGGUUUAGUUAAUAUUUCUGCUUUUGUUCCAAAUGUUUCUAACGUUAUUACUGGUCCCGCCGAUUUAAUGGAAAUCAGUCGUGUUUAUUUAGAGUCUGGUUUCACUCACUGCCAAUUUAUGGCUAGAUCACAAAGAGGACCUAUUAUUACUGAUUUACCUUCCUUAAGAGCUGCAUACUCGGCUGUUCAAGGAUCUUCUUUUACUGAUUAUUCCUUCACUGUUGCUGGUACAGCAUACAAUUCUAAUAAUAUUGCAGAUUCUGCCGAACAAGUUACUGCUUUAUUCUUACCUAUUCGUGAAUUGAAAAAUAAAAUUUCUACCGUAUCUGAUUUAUUACAAGCUUGGCCAUUAGAUAAACCUGUUAUUGCAGAAGCUAAAACUGCUGAUUUAGCUUCUUUAUUAUUGUUAGCAUCUUUGCAAAACAGGGCUAUUCACAUUACUGGCGUUUCUAAUGCUGAAGAUUUGGCUUUAAUUAUGAAGGUUAAAGAAAAAGAUUACAAAGUUACCUGUGAUGUUAAUAUUCAUGCUCUAUUUAUCAAUCAGGAUGAUUACCCUGAAGCUGUAUUUUUACCAUUGCCUGAAGACCAAGAUUUUUUCUGGAACAAUUUAAGUUCUAUCGAUGCUUUCUCCAUUGGUAGUUUGCCAACUGCUAUUGCACAAAUUACUGGUAAUAAAGUUGAAAAUGGUCAAGGUAUUAAAGAAGCUCUUCCACUGCUAUUGUCUGCUGUUAAUGAAGGCAAAUUAUCAGUUGAUGAUAUCAUCUUACGUCUCCAUGAUAAUCCAGUAAAGAUUUUCAAAUUACCACAACAACAAGCUGCUGUUGAAAUUGAUUUAGAUUUCUCUUUCAGAUCUAAUAAAAGAUGGUCUCCAUUUACCAAGGGUGGUCUAACUGGUGGUGUUGAACGUGUCAUUUCUAAAGAUGAAACUGUUGUUCUAAGUGGUGAUGUUGUUGCCUCAGAACAUGACGGUAAAUUGAUUGUGUCACAAGUACAACCUAUUGUUGCUCCUCAAGCUUCUAAACCAUUGGCUGCCAUAACUAACGAAUCUGCUAUAAUUGCUUCUCCAGAUUUAUCCACUAACAACCAAAGAAGAUUCUCGUUCUCAAAUGAAAGAUAUUCUAUUGGCAACCUCAGAGAUCCAACCCCAGUCGAACCAACUGCUCCAUCUCUAGAACAACAAUUGAUGUCCACAAAGCCUGCUCCAGAAUUAACUGCUCCAGGCGCUCUACAGACAUAUCUACGUAGCAACAAUCCAUUUAGAGGUAGACAUAUUUUAUCUAUUAAACAAUUCAAACGUUCUGAUUUCCAUGUCCUAUUCGCAGUCGCCCAAGAGUUAAGAGCUGCUGUAAAACGUCAAGGUGUUUUAGAUUUGAUGAAAAGCCAUGUUAUCACUACAAUCUUCUUUGAACCAUCAACCAGAACUAAUUCUUCAUUUAUUGCCGCUAUGGAACGUUUGGGUGGUAGAGUUAUUAAUAUAAAUCCAUCUGUUUCUUCUUCUAAGAAGGGUGAAACUUUGCAAGAUACCAUUAGAACAUUGGCUUGUUACACAGAUGCUAUAGUUAUGCGCCAUCCAGAUGAAAUGUCCGUUCAUACAUGUGCUAAAUAUUCGCCUGUUCCUAUUAUCAACGGUGGUAAUGGCUCUCGUGAACAUCCAACACAAGCAUUCCUAGAUUUGUUUACUAUUCGUGAAGAAUUAGGUACUAUUAACAGUAUUACUGUUACAUUUAUGGGUGAUUUGAAGCAUGGUAGAACCAUCCAUUCAGUAUGCCGUUUGUUACAAUUCUAUCAAGUUAGGGUUAAUUUAAUUUCUCCAAAAGAAUUAUCUUUACCAACUGCUUUGGUUAAAGAAUUGGCCGAUGCUAACAUGCUAAAUAUUAUUAGUGAAGAUAUGUCACAAGAAGUUAUUAGUCAAUCAGAUGUUUUGUAUUGUACAAGAGUGCAAGAAGAAAGAUUUGAAAAUAGAGAAACAUAUGAACGCUUAAAGGAUGUAUAUAUCGUUGACAACAAAUUACUAUCUCAUGCCAAAGAAAAUAUGAUUAUCAUGCAUCCAUUACCACGUAAGAGUGAAAUCAAGGAAGAAGUUGACUAUGAUCAUCGUGCUGCUUACUUCAGAGAAAUGAAAUAUGGUAUGUAUGUCAGAAUGGCAUUAUUAGCCAUGGUCUUAGGUGUUGAGUAA